UUGGAGUCGAGGUCAGGCUUCGCUUCUUUUAAGGUCCCUCGGGUUGCUGACAGUUUUGGAGGGAAAAUGGAGGUGCUUAAACUGUCCAAGUUCAAGCUCCAGCUGCGAGCCCUAGUUACCGAAGUUCGCGAUCUCAGGGAGAGGGAGCGAUCAGCCACCGAGCAACUCCACGCACUGAUUCAGAAACAAAAGCAAAAUGACGAGGAUCACGUUCGAAAGCUGCAGGAAUUGCAAGCCGAGUUGGCUUCGACCGCUGAGAUGCGCCAGAAGAUCGAACGGAAGAUGAAUCAUCUUCGGGACGACAACACUUUGCUCGAGAACAGGCAAAAGGAGCUCAAGGCGACUAUACAAACCUUACUUCAGUCGAGAGAUGAUUUCAUAAAUGCUUACCAGGAGUCAACUUGUGAAAUGAGGCGUUCCAUAGAAACCAGAGAUAGAAAGCUUUCUCUGCUAUCAGAGAAGUUAAAUUCUCACAUUAUGUUAUUUGACUCGAUAGAAAAGGAGGCACUUUCCAUCAAGCAAGUCAUGGAUAACGUGAAGGGCCUUAUCAGUCACAAAGAGGAAUUAGUAUCCAGCUUGAAGAGCAAAGUCAACGAGGUCUGUGCAUAUGAGAAGUUGUUUAAAGAAAAGAUUAAUUAUCUGGAAAACAAGGUUAAAAAUGAUGAGGAGGAGCUGAAGAGGAAAGAUGGAAUCAUUGCCCAGCUUGAAGAACAAUUGGAAGCUGCAAAAGUUAGCAACGGUCGCCAAAGUCAGAUGGAAGACCUUCGAAAGGCCCUCUUCGAGAAGGAUGUCGUCAUCCAAAACUUGGUUACAGAGAAAAAGGCACUGCUCUUGGAAGUAGAAGGUUUGGCAAUUGUGCUGCAGAAGAUUCAGGACACCAUUCAGAUUAUGAAUGAGGAGGACAAGACCAAAUUUUCAUCAAUUGUGGAACGCAAAGAAAAUUUUGGUAUGGUUACGUCAAAUGAAAACACUGGGAAUGAGGGAGAUGUUCAAAUGACUGAUUCAAGAUCUGCAAUUGAGGGUUGUCGAGAAGGUGCUGCGGCAAAUUCAGAAUCUUCAUGUUGUGAAAAGCAUUACUCAUAUUGGAACCUCUUGCAGGAGGAUAAUCACUUGAACUCCCGCACCUUUGAGUUUGCCUGUUCUCCUACAAAGUCAGCCUGCUCGGAACCUCAAUCAGCGGAUCACGCUCGAAAUAUGUCUAUCCAUGAUGAGAAGGAGCAAAGCUUUGACGCGUUUAAAAUGCCUUUGUGGAACCGCAACCGAUGGAAAAUGGAAGCCCGUGUGCAAAUUUUUCUUCACUUUGCUCAAGUUCAGCUUUCCUUCACUGAAAAUUCCUAUUGGGGAAACAGGUAAUGGUGCGAUCUCCAGAGUAGGGUCAGCGUAUGCGUGGAAGUUGCUUAUCUAAUGGUCCAUUUUUUUUGCAAGAAAAGCGCGCAAGACACGGCACGAUUUUCAGAUCGUAAUAAAGUAGUAGACAUUUUGUUAUGUAUUGCCAAAAAGAAAAAAAGUGAAUUUUCUCAUACUUCAAAGAUAGACCGGUUACGGGUUUACUGUAGGCGACAGGCAGGUGGCAGCUAUUUAGCUUGGAAAUCAUCAGUUCACUGGGAUCUUUGGAGGAGUUUCAACACUAUUAAGGCAUAAGUAACAAAAAGUGGGACGCACCAAUU